CCUCACAAACCCAGCCAGAGCCGGCCGCUUUCCCCUCAUCCACCUCCGCACCGCACCGAAUCUCUCCCCCUCCCCGUGGCCGCGAGGUGAAGGCGAGAGCGCGCGCUCCACCAACCACCAAUCCCCCACGCGCGCACCGCGAGGCCGAGGCCGAGGCCAGGGCAGAGCGCGCGAUCACCACCACCACAAGAGGAGCUCGCCGCGCCACCACCACCUCACAGACAGUCCAUAUAACUCGUCUUCUUGGUCGCUGCUGCUCGAUCGACCGACCGGGCAAGAAGAAGCAAGAAGCGGCAGGAGAGAGCGAGAGCUGGCUGGAUCUGCUCGUGGCGGGGAUCCAACAAGAAGAGGAGCGCUGGCGAUGCUGCAGCUGAUGAUGGCGCUGGCCUUCUCGGCGGCGCCGCUGACGCUCUACGUGCCGCCCGUGCGCAGCCUCAGCCUCUUCGUGGAGGCCAUGGAGACGGUGUGCCGCGAGUGCGCGCCCUACUCCCAGGGCGCCGUCUCGCGCUUCCGCCUCGGCCUCUCCCGCAUCUUCGCCGGCCUCGCGCGCGCCCUGCGCUAAGAGACGGACGCGUCCGCCGACCAGAUCGAUCCUUCUUCUUCUUCUCGCCGUAGGUACACGUGCGCUACACCAUGGGCAGGGGGCGCCCCCCCUUGCGCAGCGCAGCGCAGCGGCUGUGCUCGUUCGUCUUGGAUAUUGAUUACUUAGCUUCUACGUAUACUAGCUGCUAGCUUUGUUCUCGUUUUGAGUAACAUUUAGAGAAGAAAAUGGGUAAUAAUCUCUGCCCAAAGAGGAGUUUUUGUGAGAGAUCGUGACAAGAUACAUGGUGUUCUUAUGCGGUGGAUGCGAGGUACUCUAGUCCGUGAGAAUUUGUUGUGAUCUGUACAUAAUCAUAGUGCUACCAGUUGGGAAAGUUUGUGUUCUUGAGCUGUUCAUCGGUUGAUCGAACUUUGUGAUGCAAUACUACAUGGAAGACCUUGACUUGUUGAUUCCGUCA